AUGAACAUCUUCUCGUUCGGCGAUCUGCCUACUAUCCACACCCGCAAGGCCCUGCUGUUGCUGGAUUUCCAAAACGACUUUGUCCGCCCGUCUGGGGCCCUGCCGGUCCCCAACAGCGCCGACAUCCUCGAAACUUUGCCGGGACUUGCAGCCGCCUUUCGUCGAGUCGGUGAUGUCGUCUGGGUGCGAUCGCAGUUCGAGUCCUCUCAGUCCACCGUCGACUGGGACUUUGGGGACCGCAUAGUCCUGGAAAAGGAGCCGCCGCCGCCCCCGAAGCCUGAGCCGCUGCCGGACAUCAUAGAAGCCGCGUCAGAUUGCGAUACCCCGGAACCUGUCGACGACGAAGCCUUUUUGUCGGCAGACCCUUCGCCAUGUUGCAAUCCCCAAACGCCCGGGUUUCAGUUCCCCGCCCCUAUUCUGGCGGCUAUCGACCGCGACCAGGAUACUGUGUUGGACAAGACUGGAUAUUCUGCGCUGGAGUCGGCCGGCCUGGUGCUGUCAUUCCGUACCCGCUUUGUGACAGAGCUAUACCUGUGCGGCUCUCUGUCGAAUGUUUCUGUGUACGCCACUGCCUUGGACGCCGUGCGCAACGGCUUCUCCGUGACACUCAUUGAGGACUGCUUGGGAUUUCGGGAUUUUGGGCGCCACCAAGAAGCCAUGCGCCGUAUGGCAGACAUCCUCGGGGCGACUGGUCUCAGCGCGGAAGAACUAACUCGGGAGCUGGAAAACGAUGAAACGGAAGCAAUUGCGCGCCGAAGCCGGAAUGCGCCGCCAACCAAGAAAUCGAUCGCCUCUGCUGGCAUUGAGAACGUCAUGGACGGACUUGAGGUUGACGCUUCUGACCGGAUCGCGAAUAAUGAUCCUUCGCCGGACCGAGAAGGGCGCAGUUUGGACGAUCUCAUUGGGAUGACACGAGCGCAUCGCGGCUCUUCGGCUAGUUCACAGCCUCGAGUUGCUUCAGAGGGUAAGAAGGCAGUACGCGCAAGAGUACGGCGGCCGAAACGUCGCGAUCCCACGCCAGAUUCUACAAUCACCGAUGGAGGGUCUGUUGCAGAGUCUGUCACUUCUACUAGGUCUGUGGCAUCUACCCCACCCACAGAGAUACUCGAACGGAAAAUUGGAGAAGGCGACUCACGCAUUGUGCAUAACAUCGGCCUACCUCCAAAUGCCUUUGAGCGCAUCCGGGCUGAGGUCGCUUGGCAGAAGAUGUACCACCUAUCUGGCCAGGUGCCCCGGCUGGUGGCGGUGCAAGGACAACCUAAUUUUGAUGGUGCAAUUCCUAUCUACCGUCACCCCGCGGACGAGUCUCCGCCGCUGAAAUCGUUCACGUCAGCCGUGGACGAGGUACGCAUCGCUACUGAGCGCAUCCUCGGGCACCCGUUGAACCACGUGCUCAUUCAACUUUACCGAGAUGGGCAAGAUCGCAUAUCGGAGCAUUCAGAUAAAACGCUGGACAUUAUUCGUGGAUCGUUCAUCUGUAACGUCAGCUUGGGCGCUCAGCGCACCAUGACUCUUCGUACCAAAGUCUCAGCAUCCGCGUCCAAUAAAGAGACAGAGUUCAGCCGAAUGACACAACGCAUCCCUCUUCCCCAUAACUCGCUUUUCGUUCUCGGCGAGAAAACAAACAUGCGAUGGCUGCACAGUAUUCGAGCGGACAAACGACCAGACUCGGAGAAAUCGCUCGAGGAGCGGGCUUACGGCGGCGAGCGCAUCUCUCUCACUUUCCGGAACAUCGGAACCUAUCUCAAUCCUACCGCCGACACCAUCUGGGGCCAAGGAGCUGUCAGCAAGACAUCUGAUCAAGCGCGGACGGUCAUACACGGCGAUCCUACCGAGACCGAACGACUCAUCCGGUCAUUUGGACAGGAAAACCACGCCACUGAAUUUGAUUGGGAUGCUGUCUACGGUGGUGGAUUUGACGUGGUCAAUUUUGUCACUACCUCGUCAGCACGUCUAGCGCUUAGCGGGGACCCGGUAGCGGAUCUGCGCGUGCUACUCUGUCUCGGGGAGAAUGGCCUUCGAUAUGAAGUGGUUCCUGUGGGUCAGGACAUAGGCAUUGCGGACGCACCCUCCAAGCGGCCAUUGUAUAUAUCGUCGGAUGGAAAGAUGGUUGCUGGCGAUCAUUCCAUUCUCACCCAUCUGGCCAAACGAGAACCCACGCGACCGGGUGUGGACGUCUUGCGGGGUGGCAGUCGUCUCGCGCAGCUGGACGGGCUCCUGGCAUGUUGGCGCGAACAUCGCAGGCGCGAUGAUGAGAAGAGGCUGUUUGACACAGGCUUGGAGAUCUGGGAACAUGCGGUCGAAGGCCAGCAUUACCUGGGCGGCACAAUUCUGGAUGUUGACGAUUGUUCCCUCUGGCCCAUCGUUCGCGAGAUGGCGCAGAUACAAGACGGAUUUGCGGCACAAUUCCCUCACCUGUACCAGUACUAUCAUCGUGUCGGGAAACGAGGAAUCGUCCGGGCUAUUCUCGAGGAGACCCGGCUGGACGGAUGA